AUGAGGAAAACGAAGAUUUGUUUGGGCUUUUAGCAUCAACCAAAUAAUUUAAGGAAUCAUUCUUUCGAGUCCUCAUUAAGAUUUCGAAAAGAGAGAAAAUUUAAGACUCUCUAAAAUUUCUUUAGUUAAAUCAAAUUCAUAGUCAAAUCGAAUAAGAAUUAUUUUAGGUAGCUUCACUAUUGGACAAGAUAUAGAGGAUAAAUGCUUGAAUGUAAAAUAUUAAAAAAAUAAUAGAUGUUCUCAAUAAAUUUAUAUAUCAUGAUUUUAAUAAACAGAAUUACUCUUAGGAAGAAUAUCAAGGAAUUAAAUUCUUUCUGAUCUGA